AUAUUUAUGAAUUUCAAGAUUCAAAAAUUGUCCAAAAUAACUUUCCUUGAAUAUUUCUUUCUAGUGAAGAUUAAGAUUAGUCCUUAUAUACUUCACCGUUUUUACGUAACUUCAAACUUUUAAAGUAGCCAUGAAGUUAUGAAAAUCACCAACGGAGACCAAGCGACGAACUGAGUGGACGACCGACCAACUGACGACGACGAGAGACGAUAUCAGACCGAGAGUCGAACAGAAAUUGGCAAAAUCCUAAUUUUGAUGUGUUUUUUAAGGGAUGGGCUAGGGGAAAAGUUCCUUGAGGAAAACCCUGAAUGGCAGGAGAAAGUUGUUUUGCUGCAAACUGCAGUGCCAACAAGAACAGAUGUUCCUGAAUAUCAAAAACUUACAAAACAGGUUCAUGAAAUUGUUGGACAGAUCAAUGGCCGAUUUGGAACACUGACUACUGUUCCAAUUCAGCAUCUGGUUGAAUUUCCAGAAAAUCAUUCCUCCACAAAUCUGCAGCUCCCCUCUUCAGUACCAGACAACACCCUCACACAUUCAUUCGGCCUUCAACAUUUUCAGCAUCAACAAUGGUUCAAUAUUGUAAAUGACUAAGCAAUGAAACAGUGCAUAUAUCAAACCACAAUUAAUGGAACUGUGUAUUCAUUAAUCUCAGUUUUGUAUACAUUCAGUUUGAUUACAAAAUAAAUUCUUUUUCAUUCCAGAA